AUGAAAUAUAUUGAUGGUUCAGACCAUUGUCCUCCACAAUACACAAAUCCAAGGAAUAAACUAAAUGGAAUUGAAAAUUCUUUAUACACUGAUUGGAUAAAUGAAGAUUCUUCCAUCAUGAUGUGGCUUCAUUCAACAAUUUCAGAAUCCGUCAUCCCUUACUUUUCAAGAGCAACAACAUCUCAUGAACUUUGGGUUAGCAUUAAAGAACGUUUUGCAAGGGCCUCUUCAACUCAUUCUAUUCAACUGCGUACAAAACUGCUAUCAUUCACGCAAGGUAUCAUAUCCAUUCCAGCUCUAAUUAAUGAAAUCAAAAUGUUAUCUGAUCAACUAGCUGCUGCUGGUGAAGUUAUCUCUGACAAGGAAAUAGUUGUUAUUACACUUAAAUCUCUAAAUGCUGAUUACAUACUCUUUGCCACUGCUAUGAGACAUCGUAAUCCACCAAUUACUAGUAUUGAGUUGCACAACAAUCUACUUAGUGAGGAAGCAGUUGUCAGUGAAAGGGCAGCUACUCUCAAAAUUGACACUGAUGCCAAAGCCUUCAUGGCAAAUGUUGGUAAACCUGCUUAUAAAGGUUCUCAUUACAACUCCAAAGGUUCAUUUAGAGGAAGGGGAUAUUCUGGUGGUGGUCGUUUUUCAAACCCUGUUAUAUUUCACAGAUUCAAUCCUGGUAGAGGCUACCCUCCACCUACAAAUCAACCAUGUAAGCUCUGUCUUGGAGAAGAUUAUUUGGCACCAAACUGUACAUAG